ACGAAACAUGUCGACUGUUUGUCCUACCUUAACUAAUUCAACGGUAUAUUAUGUAAAUAAAGGGAAAAUUUUGUCAUACUUGCCAAACUUAUAUUUACUUUUGCCCUGUUGUUUUUUGCAUUAAAUAUCCAUGGAAACCGGAAAACUUUGUUUAUUUUGCAACAAAAGUAAGUUUUUGCUUUGGUAUAUCGCAGUGUAGAGGAAUUUUUGUGAAAUAUCGAAUUACGCAAAAUGGCUUCAGGUGUGAAGGUUGCAGCUGGAGGUGGCGGUGGUGUCGCCACUGGUAAUGGCAAUAGCAACAGCAACGGCGCUGCACAACGCACACCAACCGGUGAGCCAUCUAACGGCGUACGCCCACCACAGACGGUUAAAGACAAGUCGGCGGGCAAGGAGAAGUCAGCACUGCUCACCAGCAAAUGUAUACUGAGGACCAUUACCGCAUUUUUGGCGAGCAACAAACGCAACUCCUACAAUGCACAAAUGCGCGCCAAACAGACGAAUAGACAACGUCGCCAGCGCAAGAUGGACGAGUUGAGCGGCAAAAUUAAUCCGAAGUUGCUAGAGAAUUUACGUAAAAAGACAAAGUUCAGCAAAGAUGAAAUCGAUGCUUUGUGUCGAAUUUAUCGCAAACUCGUAUCAAAUUGUCAAUAUGCAGCAAAAACGUUAGCAACCGGCAGCUCCAGUGCGGCAAUAGUAAAACCGCAUGCAACAGCGGAGGGUAUUGAUCGCAUUGUGUUCCGCGAGCUGCUGCACAGCACAUUCGAUAUUGUAACCGAAGAAAUUCUCAUGGAACGCAUCUUUUGUUGUUGGGAUCGCGCGCACGAGGGUCUGCCAUUGCGUUUGGAGGGUUGGUUGACCGGCUUGUCGAUAUUCCUACGUGGAUCAUUAGCCGAGCGCGCAAACUUUUGCUUUCGCGUCUACGAUUUGAAUAGCGACGGGUUCAUCACGAAGGAUGAGAUGUUUACACUGUUACGCAAUUGCCUUAUCAAACAACCACAAGACGAGGAUCCCGAUGAGGGUGUUAAAGAUUUGGUGGAAAUUGUGCUGAAAAAAUUCGAUUUGGACAAGGAUGGCAAGGUUUCAAUAGAGGAUUUUAUGGGCACUAUUGAGGCCGAACCCUUGCUGUUGCAAGCCUUUGGACAAUGCUUACCAUCUGAGACGGCCACUGUAUCAUUCUUUUCAACAUUACAAAUAUAAGUUUACAGUUAUACUAUUAAAUUUAUGAAUAAACGGACAAGCAAAAACUAUCUUAGAUUGAAAAUACUGUAGCCGACAGUUUGAAAGCAGAAAAAGAAAAGUGAUUUGAAAAAAUAAAAAAUUGAGAGACCUCUUCGUUAAUAGUA